AUGUCCAGCAAGUGGCCAGCAAGCCCAGUUUUGAAGGCCAGCCGCGGAGCCUUCGUGACUCGUGGCACGCGCGGAUCCAACGCUGCCGCAGGCAGUGUGGGCAGAGAAGCGCGCGAUAACAUGAUGCUUUCUAUGCGGCAGGAUAAUCCCACCGACCCUGCUGUCAUGCCUGAGCUGAGCCUGGAAGAAACAAUGCGCGUGCGCGAGGUAUUCUCAGAGCUUGUCCGGGACGAAUAUAUCACCGCGGUAUUUGCUUUACGGGUGGUGCUCUCCCAUUUCGGCAUGUACCCCUCCGAUGAGGAGUUGUCGCUGCUGCUGGGCGUUUACGAGAACAAGAUAAGUGUUACCAACCUUUGCCAUUAUCUGCGCUUCUACAAGCGGGAGUUUGAGCUGUCUGCGCAGCUGCGCCGUGGCGAGAACCCGGAGGGUUCCACGCAGGACGAGAUCGAGGACACUUUGCGGGCCUUCGUCUCUCUUGGCGGUGCGGAGGACGGCAGCGGCUCCGUAAAGGUGGAAGAUCUGCGCCACGUGUGCCAUGAAUUUGGUCUCACCAUCGACAUCGACUCGAUGCUCUUCGGGAUUGUGGACCUUGAGAACCAGACGUCGCUGAAUUACGCCGAGUUCUGCGACAUGUGGCGGCCCAGGCGUCGCCAGCAGGAGAUGGGCUCCAUGGCGUCGGUGCUGGAAAGCCAGCUCGACGUCCGCAGUGCCCUGCGUGCACUUGGCAUGGAUAGCUCCUCCGUGCUGCGGCCCAGCAGCAUGAGCCACGAGGGCAGCUCCGUCACGCUGCGGGAUGAUGCGGGGGUGGAAGGGUACAAGUUCCCCCAGGGCGCAGAGCCCGGCUCCCCUGGAAGGCAGGGGCAAGGCAGCACGCACACCGUCUCACGCUCGGAGGCGCUGCACCUCCAGGCCCUUAAGCGCUUUCUCGUCCCGGAGACUGCCGUCGGCACCACGGCGCCGGAUGCCCUGCCGUCGGUAAAGCGCAAGGGGGCUCGCCGCCAGUCCACGCAGCUGGCGCUCCAUAUAGCGGCGUUGGCGGAGCCUGACCGCCGGCGUAGUUACGCCCCCAACCGCGAAGAGGCCGCUAACGCCGGCGGCGGGGCCAGCGGUGGCGCUGGGAUCGGCGGCGACAACGAUGACGGGGGGCUGCCCGCGCUGACGGGGGCGACGGGGGGCGGCUACCGAGCCCCAAGCCCGAUGAUUCUCUCGCUGCGCAACAGCGCCGCCUACAAGCGGCGACUGCAGGCAUUCGUGCAGAAGUCAAUGAAGAAGAAGAGGGCCCGGGACUCGGGGGCGUGGUCGCGUUUCCCAUCCAUCUCACCUGAGGAGGAUGGGAGCCGCAGCUAG